AUGGCGUCAGACGAUGACAACCGCUCGCAGAAGCGCAACCACACAGAGUUCCGCAACGAUGCUUCAGACAGCUCCUCCGACGAUGAUAUGGGCCCCCAGCUACCCUCCCAAGCUCCCAAGAAGAAAAGACGAGUCCUACCACACGAAAAGCUCUAUGUCGCCGCUUUGCCCAAGUCGCCCCGAUACUCCAAGUCUCUUAUGCAUAAAGAGCAAAUCCUCUUUGCGACAUGGACUCCCCUGACCGAAUUUCUCAUCACAUCCUCGAUAGACGGCGUCGUCAAGUUCUGGAAAAAGAUUGGGCAAGGCAUUGAUUUCGUCAAGGAGUUUAAGGCGCACGAUGGCGAGAUCAAGUCGGUUUCAGUGAGCAACGACGGCCGAAGCUUUGCGACCGUCGGCGCGGACGAAACGGUCAAGAUCUUUGAUGUCAUCACAUUUGAUCUACUGUCUAUGAUUUCUCUCAACUAUGCCCCCAACUGUGUUUGCUGGGUCCACAGUAAGGGCGCCUCCGUACCGGUCCUGGCCGUCUCCGAAGAAUCGAAGCCCCUGAUACACAUUUACGACGGACGAGGAGAGAAGGAAGAGGCCAUUCACACGAUAAAGGGCCUGCAUCGAAAGCCUGUGCACCUGAUGGUGUACAAUGAGGCGUAUGACUGUGUGGUUUCCGCGGAUGAGGGUGGCAUGCUCGAAUAUUGGCGACCAAGCGGAGACUACGAGAAGCCUGAGGGGGUUUUCGAGUAUAAGAGUUCAACAAACCUGUUUGAUUUCAAAAAGGCCAAAUCCGUACCCUCAUGCCUGUCUAUUUCGCCAAACGGCAGGAGUUUCGUCACCUUCUCUCUACCCGAUAGAAAGAUUCGCAUGUUUGACUUCGCCACGGCCAAGUUGCAUCGCGAGUACGAUGAAUCUCUGCAGGUUGCAGAAGAAAUGCAUCGCGCAGGGACAGGGGCUACCAAGUUGGAUAAUGUCGAAUUCGGUCGCAGAGCUGCCCACGAAAGAGAUAUUGAGUCGGAUAUGCUCAAGUACAAGACGAAUGUCAUCUUUGAUGAGUCGGGCAACUUUAUCAUUUACGGGUCUAUGCUAGGAAUUAAGGUCCUCAACACAUACACCAACCAAGUGGUCAAGGUGUAUGGAAAGGAUGAAAACUUUCGCGCUGUCAACAUUGCCAUCUACCAAGGACAGCCCCAGAAGAAAGGAAUAACGACAGUCGAAAUGGGUGCUUCCGUCAACCCUCUUCUGCAGGAAGCAGAAACUCGAGACCCCAUGCUAGUCGCGACUGGUGUUGGUAAAGUACGAUUCUACAUGUUUACAAACGAAGAGGAGGUCUCCAAGUCGACCCGAGAUGUCCAGAACGAGAAGCCCACGAUGCUGGGCCACAAGAAGGAUGCAAAGGCCAAGAAAACCGAAACCGGUACGGCCGCUAUCCUCCGCACGACAUAUGGUGACAUCCACAUCCGUCUAUUCCCCGACGCCGCACCAAAGGCUGUUGAAAACUUUGUCACACACUCCAAGAACGGUUAUUACAACAACACAAUCUUCCACCGUGUGAUCCGCAAGUUUAUGAUCCAGGGAGGAGACCCUCUUGGAGACGGUACUGGCGGUGAGAGUAUCUGGGGACGCGAGUUUGAGGAUGAGUUUAGUAGUCUCAAGCACGACAAGCCGUUCACUGUCAGCAUGGCCAAUGCAGGACCCAACACCAAUGCCAGUCAGUUCUUCAUCACAACAGAAAAGACACCGUGGUUGGAUGGGAAGCACACGAUUUUUGGUCGUGCAACACAAGGUUUUGAUAUUAUCCACAAGAUUGAGAAUGUGCGGACGCACAAGGAACAGCCUGAAGAGGAUAUUAAGAUUGUCAACAUUGAUAUUAUAUAG